AUGGCUAAAUAUGGAAGGAUAUCUGAGCAAGAAAUUGGUCGGAUAGUAAGACUAGCUUUCCCAAAUAUUAGGAGASGAAAGCAUUCCUCAGGAUACAAGUAUUUUUACCAUGACCUUUCUCGGAAAACAGCAAUUGAAAAUGACUGUGAUGCAGCAGACAAUUCCAUAUCUUCAUCUGACAAUAUUCUCAAAGAAGAAAAUAAAGAGUUGAGAAAGCAAGUUAAGUAUCUAAAAGCAACAAAUAUAAAACAUAAUCAUAUCCAAAAAGAACUCAAAAAUACCAAGAAAGAACUUCAAAAAGCACAGAAACAAUUGCAAGAUCAAAAGCAUCRWUAUUCAUGUAGUGAUAGAAACAGGCUUAACAAAAAUGUGAUUACAUCUACACCAUCAUCAAAAACUGUGAGAGAUGAUUUCACGCAAAUUCCAUGUCAAUUACUUCUUGAUAUUGAAAUUGCUGACUAUAAAAAGUCAAAACAUAUAGGAAGUGGAGCAUUUGGUAUGUGUCAGCUUAAGCUCUAUCGAAACAUUGAGGUGUCAGUGAAGUACUUAAAGGACAGCUCAUACCAAGAUUUACUUCAUGAAGCCAAGGUUACCAAAGUGCUUGAGGGACACCCCAACUUACCAGUAUUGUUGGGCAUAAGCCCAAAAACCACAAGUGAAAAAUACCUUGUGACUAAGUUUCAUGGGAAAAAUUUGAAAGGAAUUCCAUUAUGGUAUGUAUUGAAGGGUAAGAGUUGUGGUAUUGAACUCAAAGAUUUUCAGUUAAUCUGCUAUGGAGUUGCACGUGGACUUUUACAUAUGCACAUAAAAGGUUAUUUGCACAAUGACUUGAAACAAGACAAUGUGGUCAUUGAUUUUAUCAAGGGAAAACCAAGUCCUGUUAUAAUUGACUUUGGAAAAAGUUGUACCUUAUCAGCAGGAAGAACCAAAAAUAUACCACUAGGAGAAAGAGAGAUGUACCUUAAAAAGCACAGCCACAUUGCUCCAGAACUGGUUGAUGGCUAUCAUGAACAAACAUGUUCUUCUGAUGUAUAUUCUUUUGGCAUUCUAUUGAGCAUGAUUACCAAAUAUGUAGGUCAACAUGAAAGUGCUGCAGUCAUUGGUCUUGUGGCAGAUAAGUGCAUUAAGCCAAUUCCAAGAACUCGUCCUAAUAUGGACAAUGUUGUAGAAGAACUGAAAUGA